AUGCAUCUUACAAGAUCCUUCCCUUUCCUCCUAUCUCUUGGCCUGGUUCCAACAGCACUCGCGCGACCAAAUGCCAGAGCUGAAGCGGGUCGUUCCAAUGGCCGGGCGAUAUACAUCCUCAGCAACGAGCAGCAGAACAGUGUUGUCGCUCUGCCCAUGGCCGGCAACGGAAUGUUAUCAGCCGGAUCAAACACUCCGACCGGAGGAGCAGGGUCGAACGCCAUCGACGGCAUGACGAAACAGCCGGCCGGACCGGACGCGCUUCUAUCGCAAUCCGCCCUGACCGUGGCGGGCAAUUCCCUGUUUGCCGUGAAUGCCGGGUCGAACACCGUCACCAUGUUUGCGAUCGACAGGGCGGACCCAACCAAGCUCAAGAUGGUCGGCAACCCCAUGUCCGUCAAGGGCGAAUUCCCCAACACGGUUGCCGCUUCAGAGAAGCACAAAAUCGUUUGUGUCGCGUCCACUGGUGCCGUGGCUGGAGUCUCGUGCGGUUCCUUCUCCUCCUGCGGCAUCGGCGCCAUGGACGAUCUCCGGCCCAUCGACCUCAAGCAGACGACGCCACCCGUGGGACCGACCAACACGGUGUCGCAGGUCUUCUUCUCCAAUGACCAGGACACAUUGUAUGUGACAGUCAAGGGCGACCCCAGCAAGAACAGCACUGGCUUCUUGGGAGCGUUCCCGGUGCAAGGCAAGAGUGCUUGCAUGGCGAAGGCGUCCGUCAGCCGGGAGGGUGUCAUGUCCUCGCCGGAAGGCACCGUCGUGCUGUUCGGAUCCUCGCCCAUCCCCAAGUCAACCGACCUCUUCGUCACAGACGCAUCUUUUGGCGCUGUGGUGCUGGCGAUUGACCCCAAGACCGAAGUUGCGACUGCCAAAGGCAAAGGAGUAAUCGAGGGUCAGAAAGCCACCUGCUGGUCGACCAUCUCGCCGGCUUCAAACACGGCGUUCGUCACCGAUGUCGCCCUCAAUCGCCUGGUCGAGAUGUCAUUGACGGAUGCACGCAUCGUGUCAAUCAUUGACCUGGCCGCCAACGGAGAUCCGGGGCUGAUCGACCUUGAAGCGGCUGGCAAGUUCGUCUACGCGCUCAGCCCUGGGAACGGCACGACACCUGCAGCGGUGACGGUAGUAGAUGUGACGAGCAAGGCUCAGGUUCAACACCUCCAGCUGAAGGACGCGGGUCUGAGCAAGAAUGCCCAGGGUAUGGCGUUGUUGUUUGAGCGAAGCGGUGACAGGACUGACAACCUCGGCGACAUGUGUCGCGACACACGAUGA